UUUCCAAAUACACAAGAAUUAUGCUAAAAACACGAAGAAGGUGAUAUACUUGAAAGGAAUACAAUGCUAAUAUAUAUAUAUAUAUAUAGAAAAGCUUGGUCCUCAGAAAAACACAAAGAAGCUGAAGUUAUAAGAGUUACAAUUAAAGGAGAAAACUCCAUAGCCAUAACAGACGAAAACUUUAUAUGUGCAACUUUAGAUUGGUGGCCGAAUGAAAAAUGUGACUAUAAUCAAUGCCCAUGGGGAAAUACUAGCAUUCUUGACUUGGAUUUGAAAAACAAGAUUUUCAUGAAUGCUAUCAAGGCCUUCAAUCCUAUGAGGAUAAGAAUUGGAGGGUCAUUACAAGAUUUGGUAGUGUACGAUGUUGGUAAUGAAAAUACAGAUUGCCCCCAGUUCAAGCCAGACAAGAGUGGUAUGUUUGGAUUUAGCAAGGGUUGCCUUCCUAACAACAAAUGGGAUGAACUCAACGACUUGUUUAACCAAACAGGAGCAUUGGUAACGUUCGGUCUGAACGCACUUCAUGGGAAGAGAGCUUCUCAAGUGGGCAUUUUAUGGGUAGGUGCAUGGGACCCUCAAAAUGCCCGAGAACUUAUGAAGUACACCAUUGCAAAUGGCUACAAGAUUGACUCCUAUGAGCUAGGGAAUGAGUUAUGUGGGUACGGUGUAUCUGCGAAGUUGGAUAGUGUACAAUAUGGGAAGGACAUAAUUGUGCUAAAGAAUCUAGUCAAGGAUUUGUACCCGGAUUCAUCCACAAGGCCCAAAGUCCUAGGCCCGGCUGGAUUUUAUGAAGAAAAAUGGUUCACUACCUUUCUAGAGACCAUUGGACCAGAAGUUAUAGAUGGUGUAACUCACCAUAUCUACAAUCUUGGUUCUGGAAUUGAUCCGAAUCUUAUCAACAAGAUUCAAGACCCGUUUUAUCUGGACCUCAUUGCUCGAACAUACGAAAAUGUCUCGAGGUCCGUCCAAAAGCAUGCUCCAUUGGCGGGAGCUUGGGUUGGGGAAGGAGGUGGAGCUUUCAACAGUGGUGGCAAAAAUAUUCAAGAUAGAUUUGUUGGGGGCUUCUGGUAUUUGGAUCAACUAGGCAUGGCAUCCACCUUAAACCACAAGGUAUACUGCAGACAAGCCUUCAUUGGAGGGAACUAUGGCCUGCUCAAUACAACCACCUUUGUUCCUAAUCCUGACUAUUAUGGUGCACUUCUAUGGCACCGGCUAAUGGGAAAGGAAGUAUUGAAAACCAGUCACAAUGGAUCUCCAUAUUUGCGAGCUUAUUCACAUUGUUCAAGACAACAACGUCCUGGGGUUACUUUGCUUUUGAUCAACUUGUCCAACUCUACCUUCUUCGACGUUGCCAUAGCCGAAGAUUCUAAUGCGCAUCGGAAGCUAUUUGAAAGUAGAUCACAAAGAGAAGAGUACCAUUUAACGGCGAAAGACGGCGAUAUUCAAAGCGAUGUGGUGCUACUGAAUGGAAGUCCUCUGCAGCUAACAAAUUCAUCAGAUAUUAUUCCUCAGAUGCAGCCUGUUCUUGUUGAUUCUUCCUCAGCAAUCAGAGUUGCACCCCAUUCUUUUGUCUUUGUAGUUCUCAAGGACAUAAAGGCUCGUGCAUGUGCUUAAAUAAAAAAUUCUUCACACAUUGUUCUAGUUUUGUUUAAACA